AUGUGUAUCAUCUACUCUACCCCCAAAACCUGCGGCAACUGCGAAGCUGAGGAUAUCGCGCUCACCAACACUGAGACAUGUGACGCUGUCAAGGAAGGCAAGGCCUGUCUGGGAAGGAGUGAGAUCGUGAUCAACAAUGCAUGGCUGUGCCCAGCAUGCAAGGUUAAUACAGCUCGUGGCCCGUCCUACAUGGAACCAUACGACUAUCAGCCGAAGAUCCGACAACAGGUCUCCAAGAAAGAGACGGGUUCCUUCGCGGAUAAAGUCAAGAAGAUGAUCGGCAAGAAGUAG